AUGCAGUGGGUCGGCGGUAAGGUUAAACGAACUCUACGAUGCCUUGGUAUUGCAUCAUGGGGAUACACUGAAGACCAUGAUUGUUUAAUCAGUCCAAACAGCAAGGGACUUUAUCCAGCAAAUUACAAAGUGAACCCUGUAAUAAAGCGAAACCAUCCUGUUCCACUGAAUCCGGAACACACUCAUUUUAUUCUAGUAGACGAUGGAACUGACUUGAAUUAUAGCGUUGAACUGAAUCUUCGAGCCGAGAUAGAGAAAAUUAUUGCUGCACCGAUCAAUCCAGAUGACCCUGAAGGAUCGGGAUUGGGUGUUCCUGUUGCUAUGUUAUUGGUCGAAGGUGGUGUAGACGCCAUACGUACUGUCUGUCAAGCGAUAUCCCGUGGUAUUCCUACGGUUAUCUGUGAAGGUACCGGUAGAGCGGCUGAUAUACUGGCAUAUGCACACAAUAAUUGUGUUGUAAUGAAUGAAGUAAGACAAAUAAAACCAAGCAAGAUUUCCACAGUGAAGGAGAAGUUGAAAAGUGCUUAUGGCAAUGAAAAGUCUGAUGAACAGUUAAAAGAUGUGUUGAAAAAUAUUCAGACAACUGUCAGUGAAGAGAAACUGUUAACUGUGUUUGAUAUGGAUUGUGGUGAAAAUGCUGACAUGGAUUUGGCAAUUCUCACUGCUCUUUUGAAAGGGGCUGCAGUUAACUGGCAACAUCAGAUAGAAUUAGCAUUGUCAUGGAACUGUAUUGAUGUGGCUAGGGAGAGAAUCUUCAGUGAAGACAAUACUUGGAAGGGAGAGCAGCUUCAUGAUUUUAUGACUGCAGCAUUAGUCGAUGAUAAAGUAGAUUUUGUUCAGUUGUUUUUAGAGAACGGAGUCAUUAUGCAAGAGUACUUGACCGUAUCAAGACUUAGGUAUCUCUAUAAUUCUUGUGAAGCAGACAGCAACUUUAGAAAAAUUAUGAGAUCACUUACAAAUUCUAAGAAAAAAGGUCCCUUUACUCUACGUGAUGUUGGUCAAUGUAUUAGAAAAAUUGUGGGUGCACAUUACGAGCCACUGUAUUUGAGAGACAGGAAAUUUAGAGGCACCAGGCGAGAUGUGAAGGCAUUGGUAGCACUGUCAGUCAACUUAACAGGUAUGGGAAUUGUGCACAAAGCUCAGCAGGAAUACCUCAAAUCAGAGAAGAUGGAAGAGAGACAUACCGAGGAGGAUGAUGAUGAUGAUGAUGAUGAUGACUUGGAAUAUCUCAGUUCAUUUCAACUUACUAAUCCAGGCAUGAAUUUUGAAAAACCAUAUCGAGAAUUGUUCAUAUGGGCUGUACUCAUGGGCAGAAUGGAUUUGGCGGAAUUUCUGUGGGAGUAUGGUGAUGAAGCAAUAUCUUCUGCCAUUGCUGCUGUGAAAAUCUUUUCUGAUAUGGCUUAUUUGAUGAGCAAUCCAGAAGAUAAACAAAGUUAUCUAGAGAAUGCUAAAAAAUUUGAGCAGCUGGCUGUGAAUGUGUUAGAUGAAAGUUACAAUUGCGAUGAAACUUUAGCUGGGAUGUUGAUUGAGAGGAGACAUACAAACUGGGGUGGUAUGAAUAUAUUAAAUAUGGCUGCCGAGGCUGGAUGCAAGGCAUUUGUAUCCCACCCGUGCUGUCAAAAUCUUCUGAAUCAGAUAUGGCAAGGUGGUAUAUGUUCAUCUCCGACUGAGGUUAUUCUAGCCAGUAUUUUCCCUCCAUGGUUGUUAAAUUUAAAGUACAAGGAUAAUACAGGUGAAGUUUUGACGAGGUUCCAGAAGACUAAAAUAUUUAUAAAUGCACCAGUUGCCAAAUUUUGGGGUGGAACGUUUUUAUACAUAAUAUUUCUACUGUGGUACAGCUAUGCUAUUCUCUUUAACUUUGGUUCUACUCCUGACAUUGGUGAUAUUCUUCUCUUUGGCUGGAUUUGUACACUUAUGGUAGAAGAAUUCAGACAGUCACUGAUACCGGAAGAGCAUGAAUCUGUUGACCAAAAUCUCAAGAAGUGGGCCAGUAGUUGGUGGAAUAUAAUGGACUUUCUGUCAAUAGCACUGGCAAUUAGCGGUUUCACUCUACGAUGGUUUGAACCCACAUUUGAAGCAGCAAGGGCUCUGUAUGCUGUCAACUGUUCCCUGUUUAUUCUGCGCAUCAUGAGGAUGUUUUCACUGAACAGUACACUUGGUCCAAAACUCAUCAUGAUUGGCAAGAUGUUAAUAGAGAUGAUGUUGUUCCUUGUCAUACUACUGGUGUUCCUCAUCAGCUAUGGCGUGGCAUCACAGGCAUUGCUAUACCCAAAUAGACGCACUGCAUACUGGGGAAUAUUCAGAGAUGUUGUGUAUAUGCCAUAUUUUCAAAUCUAUGGAGAGUUAUUCCUUGAAGAGCUUGAUCCUCAUUUCGUUGAUGGCGAGAACCCAGUAUGUGAUGCCAGUAGUGUAGACCCCACACAGAGCUGUUCUACGGGACACCCGUUAGUCCCUCUAUUAUUGGCUGGUUAUCUAAUUGUCGGGAAUGUAUUGUUACUUAAUUUGCUUAUUGCUAUAUUCAGUUUUGUGUUCGAGGAAAUUCAAACCAACUCUUUACAAGUUUGGAAGUAUGACGUUUAUCAACUUGUUAUGGAAUUUGACGACAGGCCGCCAUUGGCCCCACCAUUUAUUAUCUUCAGUCAUAUAUAUUUGCUGUUUAAAUGGUUUUUCAGGAGAAUGAAAAAGCGAACUGUAACAGCCCAAACAUAUUCCAGUAAACAUCUGGAGAUAUUAUGGCUACUUGAAAAAGAUUCGGCAGCCAGCUAUCGAAAGAAAAAAAUGCACGAAGAGAAAGCUACUAUUGAAGAAAAAAUUAAUAAAAUAGAAAAAAAAUUGGACAUGAUUUUAAAAUACAAUGAAACAAAGCUGCAGAAAAAGGAGAUGAGGAGAGAGGGGCGACCGAGAAAGGAAGCGGGAAGAGGUAGAUCUGAUGGAGAUGACCAAGGAAGAGAACUUUGUAAGAGGAAAAACUCUCAACCUGCCACCAGGAAUGGUGUUGGUGUUAUACUGCCCACUAUUAGUAAGCGCCAUGAUAAUGCCAUUGCGGGUCCAAGUGGGCAUGAUGUUACAGAUGGUCACCAUGGCAACAUGGAAAAUGCAACACAGUUGAAAUAUAAAUAUCAGAAACUGAAGGAGAGGUUUUCAUCAGAUGAUGAGGACAGAGUGAAAGCUAAGAAAAAUAAAACCCGCAAAUUUGAAAGAAAAGAAACUGGGGAUGGAGAGAGAGGGAUACAAAUCGUGGUAGGAGAGCUAAGUGAUCAAGAUCAGAAGGAUCACUAUGUGCAGAAGAAAAGAAGACAUAAGCAUGAACAGAGAGAUCAUCACAUGGAUAUUGUGAGGGCCCCAAGCCCAAGAAGUUCUUUGAGAUUAGGCAACAGAAAGGGUGCGUCUCCAGACAGAGACCCCGAUAGAAGGGUACACUUUAGUGAAGAAGAUGUCUGGAAAGCAGAAGAAGAUGAUAUCAUCCUUGAAAAGUUGACGAAGGGUUAUUAUGAUGCUCCUUUGUUGCUAGACAAUGUUGUGGAUUUGGGAGAUGAUGGUAAUGCUGUUGCCAUGGAAAUGGAUGAGGAAGAACGACGACAAAAAAGAAGGAAGAAGAAAAAGGCAAGACAUCACAAGAAGCUACUGGAUUCUGACUCUGAGUAG